AUGACCAACGGCUUCGAUCGCGAGAGAAUGUACACACAAUCCAAGGGUUACGGCUUUUCGCCAGCCUUGCAACGUACUCGUCAACCUUUUAGAGCACGCAACAUGCUCACUUUGCUUGGUCUUUUAACCUUCACUGGUGGUGUCUACGCUUAUUCCAUGUUGGCUGUGAAGCAGGAUGAUUUCAGUGAUGUACCCAUGCCAAGUACUCUCCCUGGCGUUCAUGAUGUGACCCACGAGAACAAGGACAAGCAGUAA